ACAGCAUUUAAGCAGUUAUGGGGAUCAACAGUGGUACUAGUGUAAGAGCUCUAUUUCUCCUAGUUUAUUAUUUUUGGUUUGAGUUUUGCUGUUCUGCCGUAGACACUAUUACAUCCACGCACUUCAUCAAAGAUUCUGAAACUAUAGUCUCUAAUGGAAGUCUCUUCAAACUGGGUUUCUUUGGCUCCAGUAAUUCCACCAAACGCUAUGUAGGAAUCUGGUACAGCAAGACUUCUGUAUCCUCUGUGGUAUGGGUUACUAACAGGGACAAGCCCCUUAAUGAUACUUCUAGAAUUGUGAAGAUAUCUGAAGAUGGUAAUCUUCAAAUUUUGAAUGGCGAGAAAGAGGUUAUCCAGUCAUCAAAUGUUUCAAAUGCUGUAUUAAACACAACCGCCCAGCUUUUAGAUUCUGGAAGCCUUGUUCGAAAGGCUACAUCAGUGGAAGGAUCGUAUGGGAGAGUUUCCAACAUCCUUCUCAUGCACUUUCGGCAAAUAUGAAACUCAGCACCAACAUGUACACUGGUGAGAAAUGAGUGCUGACAUCAUGGAAAAAUGCUUUGGAUCCAUCCAUUAGAAGCUUCUAUGUAGGAGUUGAUCCAUCAAAUAUCCCUCAAACUUUCAUUUGGAAUGGCAGUCAUCCAUGUCAUUGCACUGGUCCAUGGAAUGGCCAGAUCAUUAUUGGAGUAGCCAACAUGAAUUCAUUUGUUGGUAAUGGGUUUCGGAUGGACCAUGAUGAAGAAGGUACCGUUUCUGUAUCUUUUACUACUGAUGAUUUUUUAUCAUUGUACUUUACCGUGACUCCUGAAGGAACAAUGGAGGAAAUAUAUAGACAGAAGGAAGAUUGGGAGGUCAGAUGGGAAAGCAAGCAAACUGAGUGUGAUGUUUAUGGUAAGUAUGGGGUAUUUGGAAUCUGUAAUCCAAAGAAUUCACCAAUUUGUAGCUGUUUGCGAGGGUAUGAGCCAAAGUCUGUAGAGGAAUGGAAUAGAGGAAAUUGGACUAGUGGGUGUGUGAGGAAGACGCCACUGCAAUGUGAGAGAACAAAUGGUAGCAUUGAAGUGGGAAAAAUAGAUGGAUUUUUUAGGGUAACAAUGGUGAAAGUACCAGAUUUUGUAGAAUGGUUCCCUGCUCUUAAAAAUCAAUGCAGAGAUAUGUGAUUGAAGAAUUGUUCCUGCAUAGCUUAUUCCAAUAAUAAUGGCAUUGGUUGUA